AUGCUCCGCCUCCGGAGCUGCAUCGUCUCCCAUCUCCUCUCCACUCCGGCCGCCUUCCGCGUCACUUCGCCCCACCGCCUCCUCUCCGCCGCCGCGGCCCCCAUUUCCCCGAGCCAAAGCCAACGCUUCGCCGUGGAGGAGUACCUCGUCGACGCCUGCGGCCUCACCCGAGCCCAGGCGCUCAAGGCCUCCACGAAGCUCUCCCACCUCAAGUCGCCCGCCAACCCCGACGCCGUGCUCGCCUUCCUCGCCGGCCUCGGCCUCUCCGGCGCCGACAUCGCCGCCGCCGUCGCCAAGGACCCGCGGCUGCUCUGCGCGCGCGUGGACCGGACCCUGGCCUCCAACGUCGUCGGGCGCACCGGCCUCGGCCUGUCCGGCUCCGACGUCGCGCUCCUCGCCACCAUCGCCGGCGAGCCCUUCCGGUUCAAGUCCGUCGUGCCCAAGCUGCAGUACUACCUGCCCCUCUUCGGCUCCUCCGAGAACUUCCUCCGGGCCCUCAGGAAGAGCUCCCACCUGCUCACAUCCAACCGCGACAGGAUCGUCGAGCCCAACGUCGCGCUCCUGCGGGAGUGCGGGCUAGCUGCUUGCGAUAUUGCCAAGCUGUGUAUGGUCGUGCCAAGGAUCCUCACCGCGAAUCCAGAGCUUGUCCGGGAGAUGGUGGCAUGCGCCGAAGCUCUAGGCGUGCCCCGCGGCUCUGGGAUGUUUAGGCAAGCGCUGCAGGCCGUCUCGUUCAAAAGCGAGGAGAAGAUCGCCGCCAAGGCGAAGUUCUUGAAGAAGAUAUUCAAGUGGUCUGAUGCCGAAGUGAGCCAUGCUGUGUGUAAGGCUCCGAUUGUGCUGAGGAAGUCAAACAGCUCGCUGCAGCAAAGGUCCGAGUUCUUCCUGUCCGAGAUGGGGCUGGAACCGGCGUACAUUGCUCAUCGCCCGGCAUUGCUCUCUUACAGCAUGGAGGGCCGACUCAGGCCCAGGUACUAUGUUAUCAAGUUCCUUAAGGCAAAUGGAUUGCUAGGUCAGUACCGGGACUACUAUAAUAUAGUCAUGCUGAGCGACAAAGUAUUUAUGGAGAGGUUCAUACGUCCUCACAAGAAGGCUGCACCACGCCUCGCUAAAGACUAUGCAACUGCUUGCAAAGGGGAAGUGCCAGCUAAUUUCAGAUUUACAUGA